UCUUUUCUUUAUUUUAUACUUUUCUCAAUUUCUUUUAUUUAUUUUUUUUUCUAUUAUCAUGAGUUAUCAAUGGUGUUACUCUGCUGGCUCUUUAUGGGUCCCAUUUGAUAAUGGAACUCAAAGUCUUAUUGAAAAUUUAUGGCGACAAUCUACAGCAGCAUGGAUCUACGUAGCUUCUUUCCGGGGUCAAGCUUAUGUCAAUGGACCUGGUCUUUACGUUCACUAUGGGGGUAACAAUUACUCUAUUGCUCGACGUUGCUAAAUCAAUGACAACAAAUCGUUAUGACAAAUCAUUCAAUCUGUCCUCAUAUACCCAUAUAUAGAUACACUUUCCCUUUUGUACAAACAAUCACUACAUAUAAAUCAAUCACUUAAAUACACUGACAUUUUAU